AUGACCCGCCUCCCCCUCCCCAUCCCACCCCCCAUCCCAGCAACCUACACCCCGAAAUCCUCCCUACGCACUAUCCCCUCCACCACCCCAAUCGAAUACAUCCUAGCCAUCCUCUCCCGCGACGGCGGCGUAAUCAUCUCCGACUUCAUCCCAAAGGAAGACCUCACCGCCAUCGACUCCGACCUCACCCCAUGGACCAGCAAGAAACCCACCUCCACCUCCACCUCCACAACCAACGGCGCCUUCACCACCAUCCCCUCCCAAACGACCCUCAUCCCCGGCCUGGUAGGCAAAUCCCCCACCAUCGCACGAAUCACCGCGGAGCAUCCCACCCUGGAAGCCCUGCGCACGCGCAUCCUCGUGGACGAAUGGUGCAUCAACCGCGAAGACAGCGUGGAGCCGAACCGUCUCGAACCGUUACUCAGCCUCAGCGUGGCAAUGAACAUCGGGUACGGGGCGCCUCGUCAGCUCCUCCACCGGGACGAUAAUGUGCAUCAUGUGCGACAUGAGUAUCGCGAGUGGGAGUGGGGAUGGGACCAGGUGAGUCAGUUUGGGUGUCUAAUUGCGGGCUGCGAUGUUAGUCGGGAGAUGGGGGCGACGAUGUUUGUGAAGGGGAGUCAUCGGUGGGGGGAUGAAAGGUGGGCGGAGGUUGACCAUGAGAAGGGGGAGGUGUGUUUUGCUGAGAUGAAAGCCGGCUCAGCGCUGAUAUUCCUUGCCUCGGCGUACCAUGGAGGAGGACAUAACUCGCUCCCUGGGACGGUGAGGAAUAUGUACGGCUUAUUCUUUUGUAGGGGUCAUUUGCGGACGGAGGAGAAUCAGUUCCUCGCUAUCCCCAGAAGUGUGGUCACUAAGAUGAGUCCGAAGAUGUUGGAGUUGUUGGGGUAUAAGAAGCCGACGACGGCGUUGGGAAUCGUGGAAAAUAUUAGUCCUCAUGAGGAUGUUGAGGGGGUUUGGGAGAGGGUGGUGCGGUGAUGUGCUUUUAGAUUGAUGUUAUUGUGUUUUGAGGUUGUUUGUAUGUGGUAUGAUGAUCACUAGAAAUCGAGAUGGUCAGUGUUAUCAAUAUGUUAUGGGGGGCUGCAAGGGAUGGUAUUGCGAAAGUGGAAGUAGGAAAUGCAGUAGGUAGAGUUGAUGAAUAAGUGCAGCCGUUCGAGAUAGGAGACUUAUUGUAUUCUGGACAUCUCAGCUUAUGAGCACUUCAUUUACUAUCGGAUGUGCAGGCACAAGCCGGGGUAUCGCAG